AUGUUGCGAACAGAGAUUUUAUUAGUUUUAUGUGGAGUCGCAUUCGUGGAUGCAAACGACUGCGUUGAGGGUACUCAAACGUGGGUCAACUGCGAUGGGUACAAGCAAUGCUUAGACGGCAAAACACGGGACUUCAUUUGCAAUGCUGGCUUCCAGGUCCACAAGGCAGGCGAUGGAAAACUAGCGUGCAAGCACCCACAUCAAGACCACAUUGGCGACGACUUUGGCGAAUGUUUCCAGCACGAGUGCCUCAACAACGAUCCUGACUACGUGAUUCCCAUCGACUGCAAUCAUUUCUACGGCUGUCUUCAUCACCAAAAGGUUCGAAAAACAUGUCCAGAUGGCAAGGUGCACGACGGCGUCUCGCCAUAUUGCGUGUCUGCUGAUUCGCUUCAGUCUUCGCACAAAUGCUACAGUUCCGAAUGUACCGAAGGCACCGUCUAUCCGAUCGACUGCGAUUCCUUCCGCUCCUGUAUUGGUGGCAAAAUGCGCAGCGUCUUUUGUAAGACCGGACUUGUGCACGACGGCCAGGCGAACAAAUGCGUCAAGCUAAAUGAGCUUCCAGCGGGACACAAGUGCCACCCCGCUCCAACGACAACAGCAGCCAGUGCGCGGCCAACACUCCCUCCAUUAUGCGUAGAAGGCACAAUCAAACCAGUCAGCUGUAACUCGUUUGAAAUCUGCGCCGAUGGGCUUUUCAGACAAGUAUUUUGCGCCCCUGGAUCUGUGCACGUCGGCUUCGAAGCCGAGUGCAUAAGACAAGAACAAUUGGUUUGUGGAACUAAGUGCGCUGCUUCGUGCCCAGUCGAGGUAUGCAAGGCUGGCGACGUCCUCCACAUCGACUGUAACUCCUUCUACCUCUGUAUCGACAACCAGUGGGUUUCAACUCACUGCGAAGCCGGCAAAGUCCACGCGAACGCCAACUUGGCGCAAUGCGUCGAUAAGAGCAGCCUUCAAUGCGAUUCUGUAUGCGCACCUGCUUGCGCUGUCAUUCCAGUGGUGGAUAUCUGUGAGCGAGGUGCCAUAGAACAAAUCGACUGUUCGUCCUUCAACUACUGUCUCGGCGAUCGAUGGGUUACCAAGUACUGCAGCGAGGGGCUCGUUAUGGCUGCGCCGGAUCAAGCUCAAUGUGUUUCGCCAAAGAGUCUGCCGUGUGGCUCAACAUGCGCCCAGGAUUGCUGCAUUUCUGGUUCGAUCAUUCCUCUUGAUUGCCAAUCGUUCAAACUCUGCGUCAAUGGAGAAUGGAAGAGCUCGACUUGCAACGAUGGACUGGUGCAUGCCGACCCUCUUGUCGCACAGUGCUUCUCGCCCAAUGUUCUCGCGUGUGACUCACGUUGUGCGCCUGCAUGUACUACUCCUGCUCCAGCUACAACUACUGCUCCGCCCCCACCAGCCGGAGACGUCACCGACGAAGAAGAGUACGAACAUGAUAUGCUUGGACACUACGUGCACGUUGAGAGCAUCAGCUGCGUCAAAUACCUCUUUUGCUACGGACACACUCACAGCAACGAUCCGUCGCAACAUCGAUGCGAUGAAGUAGACUGCAAUCCUGGUUUCGUUCACCUGGUUGGCCAGCAAGGUAACUUCCUCUUUUGUAAACGCAAAGUGGUCGCGCUUUCUUGCAGCUCACGCAAGUCCCCACCGCGUCACAAAGCCAGCUUUGAUACAAACUAA